UUCCGAUUGGUUAACAGCUUAUGUUUUAAUUACAAACUUGAUCGGGCAACACCAGACCUUAAGCAACGUUAAAUCAUUUCAAGGACUAUAUAACAUUCACCUGAAUGAAAUCAGCCAUUACAGUCGGGUGGUUAAAGCCAAUCUGUUCGUUAUAUUUAGGAUUUAUUUUGUAACCUACACAUAAACACGUGUUGAUGAGCAAUAUAGACGCUUCUGGUGAGCAAGACAACAACAAAGCAAGAAAUCAUGCUACCAAGUUGAUAACACCUGAAUAUAAUUCAGGAGUGUACGCACUCAGCUUCAAAGGUGAGACAAAUGACGAAGUAGAUGUGAGAUUUGAAGCCAAUAAACAGGAUCGUGGUGGUUGGAAUGGGAAACUGGAUUUUGUAAUGACAUGUAUUGGUUACGCUGUAGGCCUUGGGAAUGUCUGGCGUUUCCCAUAUUUAUGUCACAAGAAUGGAGGAGGUGCAUUCCUCAUUCCUUAUUGUCUGAUGUUGGUAUUACUUGGACUUCCAUUGUUCUUCCUCGAGUUUGCAUUUGGUCAGUUUGCAAGUUUGGGUCCUAUAUCUGUUUGGAAUAUAAGUCCGUUAUUUAAAGUUUAUUUGUUAAUAAAUGAUCCUAUGGAAUUUGAUGCUGAAUCACGCUGUGAAUUGGAGCAGUUGAUGAUGGAUAGUAGACUACAUGAGACAUAUUCUUAAAUCCAGUUCACACUAACCUGUUUCCUCUUUGGUUUACACUAGAGAGUUUCUUCUCUUUCUCAUAGAUGAUAUUGCCAAUUAUCUACACUAGUAGGACUGAAAACCGCUUAGUUCUUCAGUUUUAAUGAUUGACAGAAAUUACCUAUCUAUUAUCUUUAAAUUAGUCGUGUAAAAACUUAUUGUGAC